CUGGAACGUUGCAACAGCGAUUACCCUGCUCAACGUCCUCAUUUCUUUAUUUUCCUCAGCGUAUGCUGAAGUCGUCGAGGACGCUGAAGCAGAGUAUAUGACAUUCUUUGCAGGAAAAACUGUUGCCAUGACCCGCGCCCCUGAUUCUUAUGUCUACCCUGCACCAUUUAACCUAGUAGAGGUUUUUCUUCUGAUUGACUUUAACUUCUUUUUGAGAACAUUUGGCCUGCGACCCCAGCGAUAUGCAAAAACAUCGAUUGUGAAAAAACCAUGGAUGACUAGCUGGCUGGGGCAAGGCGACGAGGCGGACGCUGAAAACCCUGAUCUUCUGGAUCCCGUAGUCGAAGGGCCAGGCGCAGAUAAAGGCUUGAAGAUCAGCAAGAUCCCUUUCGAUGAGCUUGACAAGAGGUUCCCCAAUAUGGAACAAUCAAUGGAAGCUACCAUUGUAAAGGAGAUUAAAGAAAUUCAGGCAAGAUUGGAGGUACUGACGACAAAAGUGGACCGCUUACACGCCUCACACUUGCACUAAUGCACCAUUUGCCUUCGGACGUGGACAAGGCGGGCGGAUGAUUCGAUGGAACUAUAGUUACCUCCUUGGCUCUUGUGUUUUUUUAUCUUUUGCUGGUGGAGAUACUGAACGUUGUACAACAAUCAUAUAUGAACGCCGUUGAUUCACAACUCAAGCAG